UGACAGUUCGCUCCAUAAGGAAUACAUUGUAGAAAAAAGCAAAAACUGCUCGAAUGGAAAUGCUCCAUUCUGAAAAUUCUGAAAUUGUUUAAAAGUGAGAACAAAUUGCAGCUAAAAUCUAGUCAUUUCUGUUGGUGUGUAACAAAAAUCAAAAAGUCCCAACCCUUAAGGAUCACAAUGUCCACCGAAGGAACCAGAAACCCGUUUAUCGAUCCAUCCCGCAGUACCGCAAUCGGACCCGAUCCCGACGCAUCCGAAGACCCGGACGACAUUCCGGCGGCAAUGACGGAGUCGUACAGUGAAAUCGCAUACACGCAAAACUUUUUCGGCUCCGGAAGUGCAACCGAUCCGACCGGAGGUGAUGAUCUCGCCACCGGCCCAGACGGUUCCGGAUCGUCCUCUUCCUCUUCGUCGCAAACUCGCAGGCGACCCGAUUCACUAAACUGUGACAAACGGAAAGAUGCAUCGUUCCCGUACAAUCUGGAGGGCCAUGUUCGAGUCGAUGGUAACAUGACACACUUUGUGGCGGAAAACCUGGAGUACAAAAUUAAGCUGGCCAGCCCGGUGACGGUGACGCGCAAGGAUUCGUCCAACUCGCGCCAAAGCACUCCGUCGGCGGCCACCGGAGGAACGAGCGCCGCAGGCAGUUACGGCCUGCUGCCAAAGCCGUUCAUGGCCCCGCCGCACCUGAACCAGAUCGAUGCGAACGCCCUCAACGAAAUUGAACGGGAAGCCCAGCUGCUGGCCGCCUCGGUGGACAAUUUGACCGAGAGUUUGUGCUCGGUGCUGCACUCGAUUUCCUCGAUAACGGCGGACAACGUGGAAAUCUACAAGAAUUCCGUUACGAAGAUGACCGACUGCAUGGACUCGAACAUCAAGUGCAUGUACACGAUUAUGGCCAAAGCGGAGGAGAUUUCUAAAGCGAUCAAGCCGGCGGAAGCGCUCGCGACCAGAAUGUAAGUAAACUUUUUAUUGUCUCUUUUGAUUU